ACCGGAAGCCGCGCGGGCUGCGUGCGCCUUUCGGCCGGGGAAGGUCCGCGCCGCGGCGAGGGUCGCGGUCCGCGAGCUGCGCGCGUCCGGGCCCAUGGGUCUCCAUGGCGACGGCGGGGGCCCGGCAGCCGGAGCGGGGCCGUGGCGCUCCGGGGGCCUCUGCGGCAGCGUGGCCGUGUUCGCCGCCGUGGCUGCCGUGUUCACCCUCACGCUGCCCCGCUCGCUGCCGGGGGGAGACUCGGGGGAACUGAUCACAGCCGCACAUGAGCUUGGAGUCGCCCAUCCCCCCGGCUAUCCGCUCUUCACACUGGUGGCUAACCUGGCAAUCACCCUCUUUCCUUUUGGCUCCGUCGCCUACCGCGUCAAUCUCCUCUGUGGCUUAUUCGGGGCGGUAGCGGCUUCGCUCCUCUUCUUCACCGUUUUCAGGCUUUCUGGCUCACGUGCCGGAGGAAUCCUUGCUGCGGGGGUGUUUUCGUUUUCUCGCCUAACAUGGCAGUGGUCCAUUGCAGCCGAGGUUUUUAGCUUAAACAAUCUGUUUGUGGGGCUGCUCAUGGCGCUUACCGUGCGUUUUGAGGAGGCAACAGCCGCAAAGGAGAGAUCAAAGAUAGCAGCCAUUGGAGCUUUCUCAUGUGGCCUCAGCUUGUGUAAUCAGCACACAAUAGUCCUCUAUGUUUUAUGCAUAAUACCCUGGAUUCUUUUCCGACUCCUGAAAGAGAAGGAACUCACCCUUAGCCUGCUGCUGAAGCUGGCCCUGGCCUUCUCUGCUGGCCUGCUGCCCUACGUCUACCUGCCAGUCUCAUCCUACCUCAGUCAUGCCCGCUGGACCUGGGGAGACCAGACGACACUGCGAGGGUUUCUAACACAUUUUCUCAGGGAAGAAUAUGGAACAUUCAGCCUGGCCAAGUCUGAAGUAGGAUCAAGCGCGUCUACAGUGCUGCUUUCACAGAUAAUAAAUAUGAAGACCGAACUUUCAUUCAAUAUCCAAGCUCUUGCCGUUUGGGCAAAUGUAUGUUUACCUAGAAAGGACAGACGGAAGUCGUCAGUAGUAUGGCUUUUCACUGGGAUGCUUUGCGUGUACUCGUUAUUCUUCACUUGGCGAGCAAAUUUAGAUAUUUCAAAACCACUUUUCAUGGGGGUGGUGGAGCGAUUCUGGAUGCAGAGCAAUGCGGUGGUGGCCGUUCUCGCUGGCCUUGGUUUGGCCACGCUUGUGUCUGAGACGAGCCGAGUGCUCAGCUGGAAUGGGGUUCGGAACCUGGAGUGGCUGUCAGCGGCCCUCUUCAUUGCUUAUCAAGUGUACUCAAACUACAGCAUUUGUGACCAAAGAACCAAUAAUGUGAUUGAUCAGUUUGCACGAAAUCUUCUGAACUCCAUGCCUCCCGAUGCUAUCAUCCUACUGAGAGGAGACCUUCCGGGGAACGCGCUCCGUUACUUGCAUUACUGCGAGGGGUUGAGGCCAGAUGUUUCCCUGGUGGACCAAGAAAUGAUGACCUAUGAGUGGUACUUACCCAAGGUGGCAAGGCAUUUGCCAGGAGUGCACUUUCCUGGGGACCGGUGGAACCCUGUGGAAGGAGUGUUACCGAGUGGAAUGGUCACAUUCAAUCUUUAUCACUUUCUUGAAAUGAAUAAACAAAAAGAAACAUUUGUUUGCAUAGGGAUCCAUGAAGGUGACCCAACCUGGAAAAAGGACUAUUCACUUUGGCCGUGGGGAUCUUGUGACAAGUUAGUGCCCUCAAAGAUUGUAUUCAACCCAGAGGAGUGGAUUGAGCAUACAAGAACCAUCUACAAUUGGACUGAGGAAUACGGAAGAUUUGAUCCAUCUUCUUGGGAAUCCGUGGCCAACGAGGAGAUGUGGCAAGCAAGGAUGAAGACUCCAUUUUUCAUCUUCAGCCUGGCAGAGUCUGCCGCAGUUCCUGCAGACGUGAAAGCACAACUGUACACUCACGCAUAUAAACUGAACCACUGGAAGAAACUUUAAUGCUUGCAGUUGUGGCUUAGCUGUGAAAGUGCUAAAAAACUAAAGCUAUCACACAGCUUGGGAAAUGAGACCAGGAUUCUCUGCCCUGGCGAAUCGCCCACCACCCAGAACCUCAAGUAUCCCAAAAGACAAGAAGGCCCCUUGACACAGCUGUACCAAGUCCUGAACCCCAAUAUGGGAAAUAUUGAAGAUUUUGAGGACCCAAAUCGUCUUACCAUGUCAUCCUUCAAGAUCAGCUUUGAAAGGAAGAAGCUAAAGUUAAAAGGACACUUUUAAAGCUCUUGAAUUAAAAAGAAAAAAAAAAGCAAAGAGGACGUAUUGCAAGUGUAUGCAGACAAAGCACUCGCACGUGAAAAUAAAUCUUUAGGAAAACAGCUGGAGGCCAACAUAUGGUAGCGUGACUCACUGGUGGAGAAGGCCUCCUCUCAGUGGUUCUGACUUAACUUGCUGAAUUCUAAGUCAGAGCGUUUUCAUUUUCUAUGACUGGUCUUGACACCACCGCGUACCUUUCAGCAAUCAGAGCAGGAAGCACUGACCUGUGCACUUAGCUGCCCUGGCCAGGACAGCCUCUCCGUAUGUAAGGUGGAGUGGCUGUCAACCUGUGGAUCAUAAAGCCAGCAUAAUAAGAACCAGCCAGCUUUUUCCUAACGAAAUAGAAGCUGAGCUGAGGUAGUAUUUUAUAAAACUCAGUUCACUUUGCAUAUAUGCACAUGGGUAUAUAUAACAUCAUACUAAACGUAGCUAUUAAUAUCUACAUCUGAGUGUAUGGAUUGAGUCGCAACAUAGAAUUUACCCCUUGCAGAACAUGGUAGUAUACAUCUGUAAUCUCAGUACUCAGAAGUAUAGGAAUCGUGAGUUUGAGGCUAGCCUUGGCUACAUAGCAAAUACACUGCCUUAAAAAUAAGAUAUCUAUUUCUUAUUAAGGGUCAUGGUAAACAUAAAUGUUUCAUAGACACCAGUUUUGGAAAACUUAAUGCCAGAAUGACCAGUAAGGGAUCCCUGAAUACAGACUUCCACAUCUUUUCUGUCCACAGAAGCCAGGAAUGGUGGGUCACACCUUAAUCGCAUCACUUGGGAGGAGACAGGAAGAUUAAUUACCAAGAGUGGAAGAACGGCCUGAGCUAUGUAGUUUCAGGUCAGCCUACACUAGUGUGAGAUCCUGUCUCAAACAAAACAAAACAAACAAACACAGAAAGGGGGUAGGUGUGUGCGAUCCUAGCACUGGAGAAGCAGAGUCAGGUGGAUGCCCGGGUCUGCCUGGCCCAGUCUAGUCAAACUGGGGAGCACCAGCUUCAGUAAGAAAUCCUGUCUCAAAAAAUAAGGUGAGAAUUAAUCAAGAAACACACCUCUAUCAACCUCUGGCCUACACACACACACACACACACACACACACACACACACACACGAGAGAGAGAGAGAGAGAGAGAGAGAGAGAGAGAGAGAGAGAGAGAGAGAGUAUGUAGACCAAUAUAUAAACUUCUUUCUGUAGUCCAACCUCCCAGCAUGUGAUUUCUUUUCCCUUUCUUCUUCUAGCAGGACCAGAUGUAUCCCUGGCUUUUCCUUGGAAAGUUCCCUGCUCUUUCUGGAUUCAGGGAUCUAUAUCCAAAUUAAAAGGGUUCUGUGUGAUAAGAGUCACUUCGAUCCAAGGACUUAUUGUCAUAAAUUAUGUUCCAGCUGACUCAGCAGCCAGGUGCUCUAUUUGAAAACAGUUGGGCUCCUUUUUCCAUUUCUUCGUCCUGCCUAAGUCAACUUCAACACACAACCUACUUGAGGAAGCCAUGUACCCUUGUGUUGGUCAUUCAGUUGGAGUUUGACUUUGCCCACAGUAGCUGAAAACACAUGUGCUAGUAUUUAUGACUUCUGAUUGGUUCAGCCACUUUAUUUAAAAUGUAAGGACACUGAGUUAGAGAAUGACUCAGUGGAUAAAGUGCUUGUUGCACAAGAUUAGCCUGGGUUCAAUUCCGAGAAUCUAGGAAAAUGUAGAAAGAGAGACCUGACUCUCUCCACACAUAUCAUGGCAUGUAUGUGCUCUCUCUCUCUCUCUCUCUCUCUCUCUCUCUCUCCCUCUCUCUCUCACACACACACACAUGCAUACACACAUUGUACACAUACAUAAUAAUAAAAUAUUAAAAUAAUACAUAUCUAGCUUUUAAUCAUUUUUAGACAUUAACAUUUUAUGUGUAUGAGUGUUUUGCCUGCAUGUAUGUAUAUAUGUGUACCGUGUGUGUGUGUGUGUGUGUGUGUGUGUGUGUGUGUGUGGUACCUAAGGAAGUCAGAAGAAUGUACCAGUACUGGGAACCAAACCCCAGGUCCUCUGCUAGAGAACAUCAAGUGCUGUUAAUUAAUGAACCAUCUAGCUUUCAGUUCCAUCCUGGUGAGUGUUACUUCCAAAUCUGGCUGAGUUUUAUAUAUGGUUUGUAAAAAAUAUAGUAGUAAAUUCUAUUGUAACAAUAGUCUUGGUGACGUUAGCCAUCAGUUGAAUUGCUUCAGCGGCCACAUCAGUUUUUUAUUGACUCAGAAUUGAAAGUAAUUUGGCUUUUCAUCUUUGGGAGGCAAGUAAAUUUGGUGCCUCGCAUGAAAUUAAGACUCCCGUCUAUAACCAUGCAAACUGUACUGUGUGCUUCCUGUGUAUUUGAUAAAGACAUAGAGCUAGCCUGCUUCACAGGGCCAGCAUUUAAUACCACAGUGUUCUUAUUCUCGCUUGUUCUCUCACGAACAAAUCAGUACUUGCUUUAAAGGGCCCAGUUCUGUUGAACAUUGCUAGUUAAUUGGCACCAAGGAAAGAUAUGAACUUAUCCAAGAACAAAUUCAAACAGCUUUACUUCAAGGCAGUCUCCUAACAUCCCACAGAAUUAGUGCUGAACAGCUCUAUGAAUCCUGUGAGACUGUAUUUUCUUUUUCUUUUUUUUUUCUUUUCUUUUUUUCGGAGCUGGGGACCGAACCCAGGGCCUUGUGCUUCCUAGGUAAGCGCUCUACCACUGAGCUAAAUCCCCAACCCCUGAGACUGUAUUUUCUUAAAACAGUGCAUUGCUCUGAGAAAAACCUCCCAAAACACCCUCACCGCUCUCCUAACAUCCCCCAGCCAGACAGUAUUUCCUGCAGGCAUUCACUGUGAGGACUUUGGGAGAGGUGACGUUGCAAGGUCCUCCUGUAUACUGCGUGAAGAAGCACAUGAAAUAGCCUGUCCCCAAUGCUCAUGUUGCCUCCUUUGGAGCCAAGAACAGGAAUCUAAUCCUUCCCAGCUCUCCUAGCCACAGUCUCAGGAGGCAGACUGUUCUAGAGAGCACAAACCUUUUCUGGAACUGCUCUAGAAGCAACACAUCAUGCAGCGGUUAGAGCUAGGCUCCCGGUGCCCCACUUAGCAGCAGGAUUUUUUGAGUCCUGCAUCUUUGGCUUGGUUUGGUUUGGUUUUUUGAGGCAGUUUAUCUGUGUAGCCCUGGCUGUCCUGGAACUCACUUCAUAGACCAGGUUGGUCUUGAACUCAGAGAUUGGCCUGCCUCUGCCUCCUGAGUGCUGGGAUUCAUCACCCCUGCCCGGGAAGCUCUGCAUGUCUUAAUUCUAUUCUCUGUGAAACGGGGCUGGAGUAGACUCCACGGUGGGACUGUAAGGAUCAAUAAGUUUUGCAUUCUGUUCGACAGCUGCUCAAAGAGUUGGCAGCUGUGUUGGCUACCAAUAAAAAUGGUUAUUUGCUUUAUGUCCCUUGAGUCUUCAGAGCCUCCUUGUGGCCAGGCAUGAUGGUGAGUUGGAGGGCUAUCACCUCAUCUUAGGGAAAAAAAAUAAAGGGGAAGAGGGGCAGGCCUUCUGGUACUUUACUUCUCACGUGCUUUAAAUGUGCCCACUAAAUACAUACCCUGAAAUUUGUACAUUC